AAAUCUUACUGAUAAGAACUGCCUAAGGUGUUUUCAAAAUAUUUCAUGUCGGCUUCUAUUCAUUGAUUUUAUACUUUUGUAUUAUUUCGGCUAAUUCCUGAGUAAUUAUAAUUGAAAAAUGGCUUCCGAUGGUGAAAACAACGCCCUUCUUCUCAAGGAAAUCUUGCAAUCAAAUCACAGAUUCAGUCGUGAUAUUUACAACAUUUUAGCAAACGAUAACCAGGACGUCAUAUUUUCUCCCAUCAGUCUGCAAGUAGCUCUGUUACUAACUCUCAGUGGAGCUCAUGGGACCACCGCCCAAGAAAUGAAGGCAAGCCUGAACUUGAGCAAAGAAAAAGAAGAAAUUUUGCAAGGAGCUCAUUUGUUAUUGGAGAACCUGAAGAAUCCGAAUUUGAAAAUCGCGUCUCAAAUAUUCAUCGAACAACAGUACAAGAUUAAAGACACGUACGAAAACUUGGUGAAAAAAUACUUGAAAUCCUCUUUCGAAGCUGUCGAUUUCAAAAAGUCUGCGGACAAAGCUACCGAAACUAUUAACUCGUGGGUAUCUGAAAAAACGGAGAAAAAAAUACCCAAUUUGAUCCCUGCUGGUCUCCUGGAUGAAUUUACUCGUUUAGUGUUGGUAAACGCAGUGCAUUUCAAGGAUGAAUGGCGUACUAAAUUUUCUGAAAAUGAAACUUACGAUGAACCGUUUUAUUCUGCCAAAGAUAGCCAUGUCGUUGUUCCUAUGAUGCAUGUAAAUAAAAAAUACAGAUAUUUGGAAGAAGACACGUAUCAAGUUCUUGAGAUUCCGUAUAAGAAUGAAGACUUCCGUUUAUUAAUUCUUUUGCCUAAACAAAUCGAAGGACUCCGUCAAUUAGAAGAAAAACUAUCGGAAAUUCAAUUUUGUCAAAUAUUCUACCAUUUAGAAACUCGAAAAGUAAAUUUAACGUUACCGAAAUUCAAAAUGGAACAAUUUACCGACAUGAAAGCAGUUUUGAAAAAGCUUGGUAUGGAAACCAUGUUUGGUAACAGUGCUGAUUUCUCUGAAAUGUACGCUGAUGGAGAAGAAUCACUCUGCGUUAGUGAUGUUUUGCAUAAAGCUGUGCUUGAAAUUAACGAGGAAGGGAGUGAAGCUGCGGCUGCAACUGCUGUGAUGAUGAUGGUGCGGAUGUGUGCUCCUAUGGUCGAAGAUGAAGAGCCCGUUGAUUUCAAAGUCGACCAUCCGUUCAUGUUUUUGAUUCUUCAUCGAAGUACUAUUCUGUUCAUGGGCAAGAAAAGCGUCGUGUGAUUUUUACUUUUCACUACUCAGUCUUACCUACGUUUUCGAUGAGCUUCUUAUUAUUUGCAUUUAUAAUCCGUACCACCAGUAUUACAUUGCUUUACUUUCGUGUGUAAUUAAUUGUAGAGUAAAUUAAAAUAUUUAUUUUAUACUUUUAUCUAUGCAUUGAUAAUUUGAUGUGGGCUGUGUGUAUCGUACCAUUCCCCUUCACUUUGCGUACCAUACCUAGGUUUUUUAUUUAUUGUUUUUUUGAAACUUGUUGUUAUUUUUUUGAAAAUGAAUUUUAAAUUCUACUUAGGCUUAUUAAUGUAAACUUUCAUAAUAUUUUUGCUAUGCUUCUAAGCCUACUUCUUUUGUACGUUGCUUUUACAUAUUAUUAUUAUACUGUUGUUUAAUACUUACUUAUUUUCACGUGUUUAGUAAUUAUUUGAAUUAAUCUGUUACGAGUGUUACGGAAAUUAUAUUUAUUAUCUUUUUA